AUGCACGGUCGGUGGUGUGGUGUCGGCGCGGGUUUCGUUCUGGCUCGUCGUUGUAGUGGGAGUUCGCGUGACGGGAGAUCUGUCUCGACGUCUCUUUCGACUGCAAGAAGCUGUCUAGUCGAAGAUCUGAUAACUACUUUUCUCGACUCGCGCGAUCAGAUAGCCACUAGAUCGGCCACUGGCUGUCUAGACUACACUUCGACGACAAGGAGUGUUGGACCUCAGGAUGGAACAAGCCGUCGAGUUGCUUUUUUUCUAGCAGACGCCGUAAUCUCAUAUGGUGCCGUCGGGCCACAAAACCUGAAUUUCGGGCGAAUUCAGUGCAAGUCGAGCGUGGGGAAUGCAGUCAAGGCGAGGGGGUCCCAAUUUCCUCUAGAUGAAAGGGUCAAGGACGCAGAUGGACCAGACGUCGACGUCGCGUGGAGUCGUGGUGACAAUGAUGAUGGUAUCGAAGACGAAAAUGCUGUUGGCUGCACUGAGCGUCCGAGAGACCGGAAGAGAUCCUUGGCAAGCCCUAAGACUAAGACCAACGCAAAUCACGACCACACCAAAACUUCACUGCCGACGCUGGCACUGGGGCGACGGCGAGGUCUUGCUGUAUGCUGUGCCGUGUCUCUGCAUUCCAGGUCACAUAAAUUCAAUUCAAUAUCAACAACGGAGAUGUGCCCCGGAGCAGAGGUGCAGGCCAGGUCCAAGGACGUUGGGCGCGAUCGCGUUGAUGGACCUGGAGAGGGGACGCUUGUGUAG